AUGUUCAUAGCUUGUAAUGUUGCACGAGAAAGUGAGAAAGUUAUAUGGUUUUUAGACUCGAGUUGUAGCAAUCACAUGACUGGAAAUUUGGAAAUGUUUUCUAGUUUGGAUGAGAGUGUAAAAUCAGAUGCAACAUUGGGAAAUGACAACAAAGAUUCAGUUAUGGGUAAAAGUAGUGUCAACAUUCUAACCAAAAUGGGGGAGAAAAAGUAUAUUUCAGAUGUCUAUUUUGUUCCUGGACUGAAACAUAACUUAAUGAGUAUAGGGCAGCUCAUUCAAAAAGGGUAUAGAAUCUAUUUCAAGAACAAAGAAUGCACAAUUUUAGACAAAUUUCCAAGUAAUCAGCUCAUAGCAAAAGUCCAAAUGACAAGCAAUAGAAUUCUUCCCCUAAGGAUAAAACCAGAUUUAAAAGUAGAGUUUUCUCAAGAAAAUAACACAAUGAAUCCACGAGUGCAUGAAGGAAAAGUUGCAGCAGUCCCCCAAGUAGUUUAUCAAGUUGAAAUUAAAGAUGAAAAUUGGUUAUGGCACCUAAGAUUUGGGCAUCUAAACUUUGGAAACUUAAACUUAUUGCACAAGAAGAAAAUGGUGAUGGGGUUGCCGCUAAUAGAAAAAUCGGAUAGAAUAUGUGAAGGAUGUAUUUUGGGUAAACAACAUAGAGAAUCAUUUCCAGCUGGAAAGUCAAUUCGUGCAAACAAACCAUUAGAGAUAAAAAGGAAAGAUUGUUGA